AUGUGGAAGUUAGGAUUGUGGGUAACAUUUGAAUCUGAUAAUGAAGAUGAACAUAUGGAUGAUGAUGGAGCAACAAGAGAUAAUCACCAUGGUGAUGAUGAACCUGUGUCAGGCUUAAUGGAGAGUAAUCUGAAGCCUUCACCUCACAUGUAUGCCCAACAAGUGACAAUGCAAGAAUAUGAAAAACAGUGUAAAGACUACACAAAACAGUCACUACAAGAGUUAUUACAGAGUGAAGAGUAUCAACGAAGAUAUAAUACAUGUUCCAGUUGCAAUGCAUGCUGGUACAAUGGUCACAUGACACCAGGUUGCUCAGAGUGUGGUGGAUAUGCUAUAAAUAGAUCCUGUGCGAUAUGUCAUGGUAAAUGUGUACAGAUAUGGACUAGAGAUACAGAUAUGUCUCACUCUAUGAAAUCAGCUCAUUGGAAUGGUAAGUGUGGGCUUUCAGAAACUGAACAACAUGCAUUUAUUUUACAUAGCUUAGUUGAUGCCAAUGAAGAAACCUUAAAUGAAAGCAUGGAAGAUCUGUGAUCUACUUUUUACAAAGAUUCUGACAUUAGUGGUAGAAGAAAUAUGAAAUUAUAUGUACAAUAAAAAUCACAGAUCUGAAGUAAAAAAUACAGCAUAUACUGAAGGAAAUAAAUACUAUUGUUGCAUUGUUUUACGAGGCAAAUAAAUGCUACCAGUACA